AUGGCAAUUUUAAGCCCGAACGGUUGCACGGUCGAGGGUCAAGUAUAUCCCUUCCGACUGUUGCUCUCCCUUCCGCCGUCGCUCUCCCUUCCGCCCGUCGCCCUUCUUUCCCCCUCGUCGCCCUGCCUUCCGUCCGUCGCCCACCCUUGUUCCCGUCGCCCUCCCUUCCCGUCGGCCUCCCUUCCCGUCGCCCUCCCUUCCCGUCGCCCGCGCUUCUUCCCGUCGCCCUCCCUUCCCGUCGCCCGCGCUUCUUCCCGUCGCCCUCCCUUCCCGUCGCCCUCCCUUCCCGUCGCCCUCCCUUCCCGUCGCCCUCCCUUUUCCCGUCGCCCUGCCAUCCACUCCCCGUCGCCCUCGCCUUCCCUCCCGUCUCCCUUCCCAUCUCGCACACUUGUCACCCUCUCUUUUCUCUCCCUACUCCCUCUUUUCCCUCCCUCCAAUAAUCGCCUUCCUUCCCCCAACUUAUACCCCUUCCCUGCUUCCCCCCAUCCCCUGCCCUACUUCCCCCCAUCCUCUUCAUUCUUUCCCCGUAUCCCCAGCCCUGCUUCCCCCCAUCCCCUUCCCUGCUUCCCCCCAUCUCCUUCCCUUCUUCCCCCCAUCUCCGUCCCUGCUUCCCCCCAUCCCCCUCCCUGCUUCCCCCCAUACCCCUUCCCUGCUUCCCCCCAUCCCCUUCCCUGCUUCCCCCCAUCUCCAUCCCUGCUUCCCCCCAUACCCCUCCCUGCUUCCCCCUAUCCCCUUCCCUGUUCCCCCCCAUCCCCUUCCCUGCUCCCCCCCAUCCCCUUCCCUGCUCCCCCCCAUUCCCUUCCCUGCUUCCCUCAUCCCCUGCCCUGCUUCCCCAUGUCCCCUGCACUGUUUCCCCCAAUCCCCUUCCCUUCUUCCCCCCAUCUCCGUCCCUGCUUCCCCCCAUCCCCCUCCCUGCUUCCCCCCAUACCCCUCCCUGCUUCCCCCCAUCCCCCUCUCUGCUUCCCCCCAUACCCCUCCCUGCUUCCCCCCAUCCCCUUCCCUGUUCCCCCCCAUCCCCUCCCCUGCUUCCCCCCCAUCCCCCUCCCUGCUUCCCCCCAUCCCCUUCCCUGUUCCCCCCCAUCCCCCUCCCUGCUUUCCCCCAUCCCCUUCCCUGCUCCCCCCCAUCCCCUUCCCUGCUCCCCCCCAUUCCCUUCCCUGCUUCCCUCAUCCCCUGCCCUGCUUCCCCAUGUCCCCUGCCCUGCUUCCCCCAAUCCCCUUCCCUGCUUCCCCCCAUCUCCUUCCCUUCUUCCCCCCAUCUCCGUACCUGCUUCCCCCCAUCCCCCUCCAUGCUUCCCCCCAUCCCCCUCUCUGCUUCCCCCCAUACCCCUCCCUGCUUCCCCCCAUCCCCUUCCCUGUUCCCCCCCAUCCCCUUCCCUGCUUCCCCCCCAUCCCCCUCCCUGCUUCCCCCCAUCCCCUUCCCUGCUUCCCCCCAUCCCCUUCCUUGCUUCCCCCCAUCCCCUUCCCUGCUUCCCCCCAUCCCCUUCCCUGCUCCCCCCCAUAAUCUCUGCCCAGGUGUCCUUCCUAUUCAUUCUGUUCCGCCCACCCUCUCCCAUUCUGUUCUGCCGCCAUCUCUCAUUCUUCCCACCCUCUCUCUCCCUCCUCCCGCACUCUCUCUCUCUCCUCGCACCCGCACUAUCUCUCAGUUUCUGUUCGCCGCCCACGCUUCAUCAUAAACCGCCCACGCUUCCCUCGUCGUCCACGAUUCCGCUCGUCGCCCUCCCUUCUUUACGCCGCGCACGCUUCCGUACCUCGCUCACGUUUCCUCCCGUCGCUUUCAUCCAUUCGCCGCACUCCCAUCCGCUCGACGAUCUCCCUUCCGCGCGUCUCCCUCCCUUCCGCGCGUGGCCCUCCCUUCCGCUCGUCGCCCUCCCUUCCGCACGUCGCCCUCCCUCCCGCCCGUCGCCCCGCCCAUCCGCACGUCGCUCUCCCUCCCACUCGUUGCCCUCCUCCCAAUGA